ACCAUCUUGGGUCCUUUCCGUCGCACGUGGACACCCUCACGGCCGCGUCUCCGCCGGUCUGCCUCCAGCUGGACUGUUUAAUCUGAACAUUUAAACUAGUUUCAGCGAUGGACGCGGAUACAAGCACGGCCUCGGCCGCCGGCGCCGCCACGGAGACCCCGGAGGACUCGGGGUCCUUCACGACCGUCAAGUACAAGAAGGCUCACAAGCGGAAACGGGAUGGAGCGGACAUGGACACGGAGGGCCACGUGGCCAGCAAGCGGCCGCAGUUUCCACCGAUAUCCAGCGACAAAUUAAAGGGCCCAGAUGAGAUGCGUAAGGUCGCCGUCCCCGCCCACCGAUACACGCCGCUGAAGGAAAACUGGCUGAAGAUUUUCACCCCGAUCGUGGAAAACCUGCAGCUCCAAGUUCGGUUCAACCUGAAGACCAGGAACGUGGAGAUCAAAACCUGCAAAGACACGCAGGACAUCAGUUCGCUCACGAGGGCGUCGGACUUCGUCAAAGCGUUUAUUUUAGGAUUCCAGGUGGAGGACGCCCUCGCUCUCAUCAGACUUGACGAGCUGUUCCUCGAAAGCUUCGAUGUCACAGACGUGAAGCCUCUGAAGGGAGACCAUUUAUCCAGAGCGAUCGGCAGGAUCGCCGGAAAAGGAGGAAAAACCAAAUUCACCAUUGAGAACGUCACAAAGACUCGAAUCGUGCUCGCAGAGACAAAAGUUCACAUUUUGGGUUCUUUCCAGAACAUCAAGAUGGCCCGGUUGGCGAUAUGCAACCUCAUUUUAGGAAGUCCACCUUCAAAGGUCUACGGCAACAUCAGGGUGGUGGCCAGCAGGACGGCCGAGAGGUUCUGAUUGGCUGCCAGAUGCAUUGAUCCCUCCCCCCCCCCAUUGGCUGCCGGGUGCAUUGAUCCCUCCCCCCCCCCCAUUGGCUGCCGGGUGCAUUGAUCCCUCCCCCCCCCCAUUGGCUGCCGGGUGCAUUGAUCCCUCCCCCCCCAUUGGCUGCCGGGUGCAUUGAUCCCUCCCCCCCCAUUGGCUGCCGGAUGCAUUGAUCCCUCCCCCCAUUGGCUGCCGGGUGCAUUGAUCCCUCCCCCCCCAUUGGCUGCCGGAUGCAUUGAUCCCUCCCCCCAUUGGCUGCCGGAUGCAUUGAUCCCUCCCCCCAUUGGCUGUUGGAGUGACUGGGUCUCUUUUUAUGUGAUCAGCUGACUUGUGUUUGUGUAAAUAAAUAAUUUAUUUCUGUCACUGAAGUGACGAAAUAACA